UUAACAAGGGCGAAGCUCCGUGCGAAAGUAAUUUAUAUUCACCAACUAAAAAGUUCAAGUUUUGCAAGUGAAUCGAAGUGCAGUGAGAAUAAUCCAUCUCCAAACUCUGCAAGCUGUUGAAGCUAGAGAAUCAUCAAAAAGUACUGCAGAUCAGCAGGCCUUCGGCCUAUCAAUUCAUUGAAGUACAGCUUUCAACUCUACAGCAGCCGUCUAAACGAAACAAAGUACCAACGCCGUUAAAAGAACUCUGGUUGUCUACAUAAGCAACAUGUCUCCCAAGGACGAAUCCGUCCCGUAUCCGUUGCACUUGGCUCUGGAGAAGGGCGACUGGAGCACGGCCGAGUCACUGCUGACGAGCGGCGUCGAUCCCAAUUCCACCGACGAGGACGGCUCGACGCCUCUGCACGUCGUUUGCCGGAGGCACGACGUCGACUCGGCGGAGAGGUUUUUCGCGCUCUGCGCCAGCCACGGGCACGUGCCGCUGAUCGACGCUCGGGACAACGAGGGCAAGGCGCCGCUCCACCUGGCUCUGCCUCGCGGUCUCAGGAACCUGGACGAGUUUCUGCUGAGCAACGGAGCCGAUCCGAACGCGCUCGACGCCGAGGGCGCGGCGCCUCUGCAUUACGUUUGCCGGGGAUUAGUGGAUCCUCGCGUUUUGUUGAAAAUCGUUUUCCAGCACAUGGGCGUACGAGAGGAGGCUUGGGAUGAAUUAGCCGAGCGACUCGCGCGGUCUGGUACGGACGUGUUGGACUUCGAGAAGGCAAUGAUCGGAUCGCUGCUGACGAGAGGGGCCGAUCCUAAUCUGGCCAACGCGAGAGGAGAGACGCCGCUUCACGUUAUCUGCCAGAGGGAUUUCUCCGAGGGCUUGGCAAAGAUAUUUCUCGAUCUCAACGCGCAAAUCAAUGGGUCUACGCCGAGGCUCGACGCGAAGGACGAGUUGGACCACACGGCGCUCGACUGGGCCGUGGCUCGUCUCAAGCUGGACGCGACGCAGGCGCUCCUGGCUCGUGGCGCCGACCCGUCCGGCUUGGUUUUCCCCACGGCUAGUCGGCACGAGGAGGGAUUCGGCCAGCCAUGGAACGACGUCUUCGUGAGCAAAGAUCAUUACAGGCUGUCCGACGCUCUGGCCAUCGUCGAGCUGCUGACGAGCAAAGGCUACGAGCUGGCGCGCAGCGACGCCCUGACGAUCGCGCGAUUCCUCUCCGAGCGCGAAUUUUUCGUCAAAGUGCUCGAGCUCGAGAAGUUCGUCGACAGAGCGAAGAGGAUAAAGAUAAGAAUUGCCAGCGACGGUUCGAGACUGUCGCUGCACGAGCUGAUUCAGCUGCCGUACCAGGAGGCCGCUGAAUUGCUCUCGUAUCGGGAGUACUUCGAGCAGGCGCACGAGAAAAGUUUUGCCAAGGAUCUACUGCCCCCGAGCGUCAAGGAGAAAUGCGCCGCGCAUCUGUUUGCGAAGCUGUCGAGAGGAUUUUUCCGCGACUGGGCUCUGGAAUCGUUGGUCGAGCUGACGCGCCACAGGAUGCGGCUCGAGUGCUGCGAAGUGAUAGUCGACAAGCUGACGAACCAGGAUCUGUGUAAUAUCUGCGUGGCGGCUAACGUUUGAAUUGCUUCGAUAAUAAAAACAAAAAUG